UCUGUGUUAAAGAGUGACGUGAUAUAGAAUUUUAUGGAUUACAAAUUAAGGAAAAAUGAAGCUGGUGUACUUUUUCUUGUACGUUAACGUAUUUGUUUAUGUAAAUGGUCAAAAAGUUCAUCAAGGACAAUUUCCUUUACCACAAAACUAUCCAUUGACAAAUUCAAUGGUUACAUCAGAUAGGUCUAUUUAUAUUCCAUCAGAAUUUCAAACUUUAAGUCCAUAUUUCGCGUCAAACAAUUAUGACGAUCCAUAUAAACUUUUACCAUCAAUUCAGGCUAAAUUAUCGAACGCAUUUCCAACAUCAUUUCCAAUUUUAUUAACACCAACAACCGAUUACAAAGAUGGAUUGCAAAGAAGAAUAGAAAACAAUGAAAGGUUUAAUAAAUCUGUACCAACUCCAUUCACGUACAAUCAAACUAAAAUAAAUUCAAACGUUAAAGAAGCAGAAAGGAGAACAUUUCCUAUUAAUACGCAAGUAUUAAAUUAUAAACAAAUUGAUAGAAUGGAUAGCAAAGCAUCGGCACAAGUAACACCGCCUACAGAAGCAACAAAAACUACAAAUACUGCUUCUAAGAAGUUCAUAAUAUCUACAGAUAAUAUAAAUAAUCAGGACCUUGAACAAAAAGCUUCAUUUCACAAUGUACACUACGCCCCUCCACCAAAUGUGUACAUACAGUCUACCACAGAGAUCGCAAUACCUAUACUAAGAUUGUCCAACGAGAUGGAUUUGGAUGGAAGCUUCAGCUACGAAGCCUUAGGUGCGGAUCAAACUCAUUACGUUCAGCACAGUCGUAUGGAAAACUUGGGUACUGACAAGGAGAAUCAAGUUGUUGAAGGUUCAUAUUCAUAUGUUGGUGACAAUGGCCAAACAUAUACAGUACACUACAUUGCUGAUUCUAAUGGAUAUCGAGCAACCGGUGAUCAUUUGCCAGUUCCACCACCUGUUCCUGAGAUUAUACAAAGAUCCGUUCAAUACAAUCUUGCCGAGGAAGCAAAGAAACCACCACAUCUAAGAUAUUAUUAUGAUGAUGAAAGUGACAGUUUUUAUAAUAACGAUAAAAACAAUCAAAAUUAUGUCCCAGUACAAAAUAAUUUAUUUACUGGACGAACACCGGAAGCAUUUUCUUUUGGCAUUUCACAAAGAUCUUCACAAAACGAUUUAACAUCAUCAACGAAUUCCAAAGAAGCUAUAAAUCAAAAUAUAGAAUUUACUGAAGAUAAAUUUAAAAGAAAUACAAAUUUUGAAAAUCUUGAACCUCAAGUCACAUUUCUAGCAUCACAAGGCGCAAGUUUACCUUUGAAUAAACCUCAAAAAUCAAGUUUACCACAGUUAGUAAAUUAUGAUUCAAGCCAACCCAAUCUAAUAUCAAAAGAGUCUGAAAAUGCAAAAGCUUUAUGGAGAUGGCAAUACGGUUCAAAUAGUAAUACCGAAAACUUAAAUCCUACAAAAAAUCUUAUAUCAAGAUCUUCUAGCGAAGGUGAUGAUGUAAUCAUAAAUUUUAAUGAAAUGUCUCCAAUAGAAUAUUCAAAAGCUAUUAGGAAUUAUGAAAAUUCAUACACUAAUUCAGAUUACGAUUUCAUUCGAGAACAGCAACCAAAAUCAAAUAAUAUUAAAAUUAUGAAUGACAAUAACACUUCCGAAAAUAAUUACUAUUAUAGUAUAAAUAAUCAGAAGACUAUUACAGCUAAGACUUCAGGUAACGAAAAUACCUUUCAUCAAUUCAAUGAUGAAUAUGACAAAUUCGAGAAUAAUUUGAACAGUACCCAAACAAUUAAAUCUGACGAAGCUAUUAAAGCAAAUCCAUACACUUUUGCAGUUUCUACUGAUACACCUCAAUGGUUAGACUAUGAAUCUGUGUCUUAUAAACCUAAAUACAUAGCUCCAUAUUCAGAUAACAAAGAGAAAUAUUCAACAUUCGAAUAUUUAAGAAACGAAUCUGAUACUAAAUACAGCCACUAUUACAACAAUUAUGAAGCAAAUAUUAAUGAAGACAGAAGCUCUUCUAGUACCACAAUCCCAUCUGAUAAUAAUAUGAUAUAUAAUCAAGAGAAUAAGGAUAAGAUUCAGGAAGUAAGAAUACUACCAAAGCGACAAGAAAUUACAUCACAAAGCAAUAAAGUUACUACUACCGAAGACAAUAUCAAUGAAAUGCUUCGAGACAAUAUAUUCCUAAGAAAUCUUUUCAAGGCAAAAAAUUCUAACAUACAAAGAAAUAAUUUACAAAAUGACAUCAAUAAAGAAUACUACAAAAAUUCAAUUAUUAAUACAACACCAAAAUCAAUUGAUUCUGAUCAACAAUACGUUAUAAUAACAUCUCCAAAAAAUAAAAAUGAAGCAAAAACUCCAAAUGAUAUAAAAUCAAACGAAAAAAGACCGUUUGAUACAACAGACGUAUUAUAUUAUGUAAUUAAUAAAAACGUUUUCGAAUCAAAUAAAUUAAAAACAAAAAGAAAACCACUGCAAGUAAACAAUGAUAAUAACGGAUCUAAUGAUUUGAACAAUGAAUCGAUAAAGAAAUUUAAACAAGAGACGGCAGCAAAUCAAAAUAAUUAUCUAUUACAACCGCAACAACAAGAAAUACGCGGUAUUUUAAAGAAUUAUAAAGUGAUACAGCGUAAUAAUGUAAGAAAAUCGAAUACCAAAGAACAAGAAAAUAAUACACAAAAUUCUCAGAAUCUUUACUCAGUAAAAUUACCGCAUUUAGGUCGGGCUGGACCUUCAACAAGGAGCUAUCUACCACCAGUAUAUUUAUAA